UUGUCCAGCACGUAGCAGGGAGACAACCAUCCAAUAGCAGAUGAUAAGCUGUGUCCUGCUCCUUAGUUUCGUACAACUGCUUGGCAGCGGUGUGUAGACAUGACACAACGCUCCUCCAGAUCAACUCCAUACGAGGCAAGCCAUCGAUGCGUUACACCAAUCUUACUUCGUUAUCGGCCUUACAAAGUACCAUAAUACACGGCGUUCUUUUGCCCCCUCAGCAUCAGCCCAUCCAGAAACAAAGUCGUCGGAGGGUUUGGGUACCCGAGUACGACGCAGUGCAGAACCUCACAAGUAAUCCGGCUCAGCUUGCUUACUUGCUGACAAGCUCUCUGGAUUGAUGAGAACACCAGAACCGGCAACUGUCUCAUUUGGAGAUGCCAAAUGCGCAAUCCGCAAGGAAUCUCAGGUACCACCAAGCCAUCAUGUACAUAGUGAGAGAGAAGACCGUAUGUUUCUUUUCCCAACAACACCGGUAGUUAACCGUGCAGUGGCCUCUGUUGGCUCACCCCUCCUCCCUUCCGUCGGAAAGAAUAAGCUGUGGGAGAGU